CGAUGGCGUGUGACAGCCCAAAACCGGUGAGAUAAACAGCAGCGAGAAAAAAGCACACCCCGAAAAAGCACAACACACGUUAGCAGACCCGACGAAGGGCGAACGAAGCUACGAAAUAGAUCGGGGCAGCAUAAGAGCGCUCUCGAGGGCUACGGUACGAGCUGGUCGCUUCAGUCUGGUUGUCGCGUUGGUCGCAUAUGGAAUAGGAACACGCAGUAUCACACCGUGACCGUAAUAUCUCCGGUAUCCCACAUCUCGGGAUGAUGAUUGUGACACACACCUACAGGAAGUACGCGUGUUACUGACGGUGAGUGUGCGAAACGAGUGUGAAGUGCCAGUGUUUGUGCUAUUUUGGGCCACGGUUGUGGUCGUUUGAAUGGUUGGCCGGAGAGUCUAAGUAUUUCGUUUUAAUUUAAUUCAUCGCAAAGUGUUCGAAUCGUUCGGUCGUGUUCUGAAGCCCAGCUAAGUUAUUAUAAGGUGAAACAAAUAAAUACACACGCACAGCGAAAAACAACAAGUGACAUGCAUUUAACGGGAUAGUGGUGUAAUAGUUUGGUGCGUGCCGUGUUGUGUGACGCCGUGCGUACGGCCCCUGUCUACAGUGGGUGUGUGUGUGUGUAAUGAAGUGUAGUAGAUUUUCGGUGCUGUACAAAUUGUGUCGAAGGGCCGGGUGGUAGUGAGGAAGGUAAGGGAGACCACAUACUUCCACCCUCCAGCGUAUAAAUACCACCAGGAAGCUUCUGUCCAGCAGGAAGUCCUGCAUUGUCAGUUCAUCCUUUCGAACCGUUGGCCGUGUCAUUAGGCCGAGUGAAAGUGGAAGUGUGAGUGAGUGUGUAUGCAGCAGGACACACUGACAUCGACGGAAGCUUUCAGCAGCAGCAACAGCGACAGGCCCUUUCAUCCAACGCUCCAAGCCGGCAGGCGUAACGUACGACACACGCCCGUAAAAUGGAUUAUUGGAAAUUAAUUGUUCUAAUUAUAUCAGCCAUCUACGUGAAAGUGACCAUCGGACUACAGCGUUUCGCCGAGCAGCCCAAAUACACCGAGGUGAAUCCGGGUCAGGAUGCGCUGCUGGUGUGCAAAGUAAUUGACAAGCGUGGCGUCUGCUCCUGGCAGAAGGACAACAAACCGGUCGGCAUCUACCCGAAAAAGUACGAAUGGGCCAGCCAGUACGGCAUCGGCCAGACCGCACACGUCGGGGGCGACUGUUCGCUGUGGGUCCGGGCGGCCCAGCUCGAGUUUGACGACGGGCUGUGGGAGUGCCAGGUGACGGCCAGCGACUUUACCACCCAGGACGCACUUACCAGCCAGCCGGUGCGAUUAGUAGUAAGAGUGCCACCACAGCGACCUAGAUUAGAGCACGAAGGAGUUCACGUUCCUCCCGGUCACAACGUCACGGUCGAUUCCGGUGCGGUGGCCACGGUAAAGUGUGUCUCCCACUACGGAAAUCCGCCAGCGCAAUUGAAGUGGUUCCUAGGUGAUCAAGAGAUCUCUCCCAUUCAUCCACAAACCAACUCGACGGAACCGGAUAAUCCUCGCACCUGGUCGGCGGCCUCGGUGGUACAGAUUCCGGCCAACAAGGAACGGCACGGUACAGUUUUAAAGUGUCUUGCACUGCACGAAUCCUACGCCGCCCGUUCCGUUGCUGUCGAGGCCAGGCUAGAUGUAAAGUAUGCACCCACCGUGAGACUGAUGGGAGCGCCACAGAUCGAUCUGGAAGAGGGCAAAGAUUCGCUUAUCCUGCGCUGUGUGGCGGAUGCUAACCCUCCAGCCAGCAUCGUGUGGCGUAGGGCUGGCCGGUCCGAGAUCGCUAGCCUACAGGAAUCGCUCCAGCUGCGUCCGGUCGGGCGACGUGAUGCCGGGCUGUACACGUGCCAGGCACAGAACUCGGUCGGCACGUCGGACACGAUGUCCGUACAGCUGGACGUGAAAUAUGCACCAAAAAUAUUGUCCGCCGGACCGGACCGACUCACCACGGCUCCCCUGUUCAGUCCGGCUGCAUUUGAGUGUGUGGCCGAGGGCAAUCCUGCUCCCACCUACAAAUGGGUGCAAAGAAUUUCCACCCAAGGCAAACCGUUCCUCGAUCGGGGCCGUGAAUCCCGACUCGUGAUAGACAACGUGACGUACGACUAUCAGGGCGAGUACGAGUGUCGUGCGACAAACUUCAUCAACGGUCAGGAGCGAACCGUAACGUCCGAUCCGAUUGCGCUGCAAGUCGUCGGUGCACCGCAGGUCCUGCGCACCACCUCCGCGUCGGGUGGGGUAGCGGGCCAUUCGGUUUCGGUAAGGAAGGGUGACUCGGCCACGCUAUCGUUGAUCGUGUGUGCCGAUCCACGGCCGCGCCAUGUUGCCUGGGAAUGGGGUUCGCUUCGGCUGGAAGCAGGAUCUGGAAUAGGACGAUAUCGGGUAGAUGAUGUCACACAGGAUAGUCGGGAGGAUUGCUAUCUAGCGACGCUACACAUCGACGAUGCUGAUCUGCAAGACCAAAGGCCCUACUAUCUGGUGGUUGAAAACGAAAGAGGAACCGAUCGGCACGCCAUCAGCUUACGCGUCGAAGGAAUGUUCUCAGUAGUGGAACCGCUGGAGCUGAGCUAUCUGCUCGGCAUUGCGGGCGGAUGUCUGGCCGCCUUUCUCAUACUCAUCUGUCUCUGCAUCUACGCAGUGCGGGCGCGCAAAUGCUGCUUCCGGAAUCGCAACAACUACAAAACAUCGGAAAAGGAUAGCGAGAAGGCCGACCUAAAGUCACGAUCCGACAGUACGAGCGUACCGCCGCUCGAUUCGAUCUACACGACACCGACCGGCUUCCACCAUCAUCACCAUCACCCGCAUCAUGCCGCCCAUCAUCCGCACCAGAACGGAACGCCCGGUUCGCCGGAAGCAAUGAAGGUACGCAUGGCUGCGAUGAUAUUGCAACCACCGACAAGAGUUUAGCAGACGCCAAACAGCGAGACCGACUGC